UUUCUCUGUGUGAGAACAGAUAUGGAAUGGAACCCUAACAGAAAAAUAGGAGGGAGGUUUGAAACAGGAGCUUGUAUCUGUCGCAAAAUCUGAGUUACUCAGUACCAAGCUCAGGUAACAUCAUUGUCCUUCCAUCCUUUGCCUUUUCAAUUUUCAGGAAUUUUCUUCAAUUCGAAAAGCUUGUGUUUUUCACCCCAUCACCAUGUUGAAUAAACUUCUGUACUUGAAAUGUGUCACUUCCACAGCAACGUCACCUUACCCUUUUAUCCACCACUACCCAUUCCUCCUUUCUCUCUGUUUCUGCACAGCCACUUCAAAUUCACCCUCAUUUGCGGUAUCCUACCUCGUUGACAACUUUGGAUUCUCUCCUGAAUCUGCUUCCAAAACAUCUAAGUCCUACAAUAUUUGUUUCCAGACCUCAGAAAAGCCCGAGACAGUGAUCAGGUUCUUCAGAAAUCACGGUUUCUCUAAUAUUCAAAUAAACUAUAUGGUUACAAAGGCACCGUGGUUGCUUUCUUGUGACCCCUGCAAAAGGUUAUUGCCAAAGUUUGAGUUUUUUCUCUCAAAGGAUGUUUCUAGCUCUGAAAUUGUUGACCUAAUAAGUAAGUACCCUAGAGUACUGCGUCCAAGCCUGGAGAAUCAUAUAGUCCCAACCUAUGAAUUGAUAUAUAAGUUCUUGCAAUCUCAUGUGAGGACUACUCGUUGUAUGUUUGGUAAUACAUUUUACUCUUGCGGGGAUCGUCUGGCGCACAACAUCAUAUUGCUGCUAGAGAAUGAAGUAAAAGAAUCAAACAUUGCAAGAUUGCUUGGGAACCAUAGUAAGGUGAUCUUUGCCUCAAAUGAUAUAAUUAAGUUGGUGAAGGAAGUAAAGGAUUUGGGGUUUGAUCCUUCAAAAGCAACUUUUGUUAUAGCGUUGAUGGCCAUAAAAAAAACAAGUCCUUCCCUGUGGAAGGAGAAAGUUGAUACCUUCAAGAAAUGGGGUUGGUCUGAUGAAGCUGUGUCUGAAGCAUUUAGGAGGCACCCUCACGUUAUGUUGACAUCUAUUAAAAAAAUAAAUGCUGUGAUGAACCUUUGGGUCAAUCAGUUGGGAAGGGAUGCUUUGGAACUUGUCCAUUGUCCAAAGAUUUUCGGUUUGAGUAUAGAAAAGACAAUCAUGCCAAGGGCCCGUGUUCUCCAGCAUUUACUUGCUAAAGGCUUGAGGAAAAGGGCCAGCUUUGUUUCUCCGAUUAGUGUUUCUGAAAAGUUAUUUCUUGCAAGGUUUGUGACAUGUUUUAAGGAGGAAUCAUGUCAACUAUUAAAGCUGUAUCAGGAAAAAGUUAGUGUUCAAGGAAAAGAGGAGGUUGGUGCAGCAUUGGGCAGUUCUCAAAUUGUUAAAUCAUGAGAAAUUUCUCUGGUUCAAGCUUGCUGUCUAAGUUAAACUACUUGGAGUGCAGGCUUGGGACAAGCCUUGGAGAAAUGAUAAAGUUCUACAUCAUGACUUAGUGUUCAAUUGUUGAAGUAGUAGAAAUUUCACCUUUGCUCAUACGGAUAGGGUUUCCUACACACAUAUUUGUUUCUUUUAUUUAAUUUAUUGUUUAGUAUAUCUAGUUUUCUAAAAAAAAACAAAUUAUUUCAUUUUUAGUUGAUUGAGACUGAUUUACAAUGUUUGGAAGUGGGACUGUAUCAAAUUCUUGUGAUCCCAAUAUUAGUGCAUCUUCACUUCCUAGACCUAGAAGUAAAAAUGCAUGAGGAAACAAGACCAACAUUGGAUGGAAACACGGAAUAGAUGUUUGGCAAUGGAAAAAAAAGUUAAAUGUAAUCAUUGCUCAAAAAUAUUCAAUGGAGGAAUUUUUACAUUCAAGUGUCAUAUUGCCGAUAGUAGAUAGGAUUUUGAACCCUGUGCUUUAGUUCCAGAAGAAGUGAAAGUUGUACUGAUGAAAGUUAUGGCAGAGGCUAAGGAUGUUUUAGAAAAGAGAGGACGGAAUACAAUUGAAGAGUUUGAUGAUAAGCAUUUGAAGAGGUGGAUACCAAAGUAUGAUCUUCAAAAAUAAAGGAAAGGGCAAAUUUGGUCAAGGUGUUCAAUCUACUUUACAUCAAGUGUAUAAGAAAGGGGAUAAAUAAAAAGUUGAUGCUAAAAUGGCAGAAUUUUUUUACAUGAGUGCCAUUCCAUUCAAUGUUAUUAGAUAUCUUUCACUUGCAAAAAUGUGAGAUGAUUGGAAGAUAUGGAGUUGGCUACAAACAUCCAUAAUACAUUGAUAUUAGAUAAAAACUUUAGAAACAAAUAGUGCAAAAAAAUUGCUGUAAUCCUUGUAAGAUACAAGGAGGAGUGGAAGCUUCAACUUUGAUGAGUGAAAAUAAAGCAAAUUUGGAACUUCAGAAAAAUUGAGCAUGUGGUAUUAAAUAGUUGGUUAUGAAAGAAUGUAAUCACUUAUCUCAAAGUUGUUACCUCCUUUUGAUGGUGAUCCAUCAACAAGUGGAUUCAGACGUAAAACCCACAAUGUAAAACUCACAAUGAG